CAGAGAGGGGUAGAGAGACAUUUGGGGAAGAAGAGGGGAGGAGGAAAGAAGGGAAAGGGAGGAGGAGGAGUAGAAAGAUCCGGAGAAAAAGUUUGAAAGAAAACGAGAGACGUCUCAGUGGCCGGCGCGGUACAAAACGAAUAAGUGGAGGUUGAAACCGAAGGCUCAAACGGCUCAUAGUCUCAGUGUGUGUCUGUGUGUCUGUGUGUGUGUGUGUGUGUGGGUGGGUGUGUGGAUUUUACUGCUGCCGGGGAGCCGCUGGGCACGCGCCUGCUCCUGUGUGUCGUCGGGCGGAUUAGAUGAGUUUGACUUCACGAUGAGGAGCGACCCGGUUCUGUUCACUUCCAACAGGGCGAUGGAGGAGCUGGUGUGUGAGCUUCGUCUGUUCCUGGACCUGCUGGACAGGGAGUAUCUGAGCGCCGGGGUUCGAGAGAGGAAGCUGCAUCUCUCCAACAUCCUCCACAGAGUCCUCUCAGACAAAGAGCCUUCAUUCAAGUCAGAGAUCCACAGUGGUCUGCCGGCCCCGCCUCAGAUGCCCCUCCCGGAGAUCCCUCACCCCUGGCUGCCUCCAAACAAUGGCCCCCCUCCUCUGCCCAGCUCCUCUCUACCAGAAGGCUACUAUGAGGAAGCAGUCCCUUUAAGUCCUGGAAAGGCCCCUGAAUACAUCACCUCCAACUAUGACUCGGACGCCAUGAGCAGCUCCUACGAGUCGUACGAUGAGGAGGAGGAGGAUGGGAAGGGCCAGAAGAUGCGUCACCAAUGGCCAUCUGAAGAGGCGUCCAUGGAUUUGGUGAAGGACGCUCGGAUCUGUGCAUUCCUGCUGCGCAAGAAGCGCUUUGGCCAGUGGACCAAACUCCUCUGUGUCAUCAAAGAUAACAAACUGCUGUGCUACAAGUCCUCCAAAGACCACACCCCCCAGAUGGAGCUGACCCUGUCAGGAUGCAGCAUCACUCACAUCCCCAAAGACGGCAAGAAGAAGAAGCAUGAACUGAAGAUCGUCCACCAGGGGGCGGACGCCCUAGUGCUGGCUGUGCAGAGCAAAGAACAGGCCGAGGAGUGGCUCAAGGUGAUGAGAGAGGUGUGUGUUAAUGGGAGUGUAGACUUGGAUGGAGCUGGAUCUGGAUCACCAGUGCACAAACCCGAUCUAGAAAAGAAGGCUUCAUAUGACCGGCCGAGCUCCGACGGUGAGGUGACUCACGAGAAUGGACACAGCGACAGCAAGGACCAAGGAAAAGGGAAGAAGAACUCAAAGUCAGAGCAGAAGACUGGGACAGUGGGGAAGGGAGCAGGGAAGAAGAUCACUAAAAUCAUCGGGCUGGGUAAGAAGAAGCCGUCGACAGAUGAGCAGACCUCGUCAGCAGAAGAAGACGUACCCACAUGUGGCUACCUGAACGUGUUGUCCAAUAACCGUUGGCGGGAGCGCUGGUGCCGCCUGAAAGACAACCAGCUGCUGCUCCAUAAGGACCGGGACGACCUGAAGAGCCACAUCGCCUCGCUGCCCCUUCGAGGCUGCGAGGUCAGCCCUGGCCUUGACCACAAACACCCCUUUGCUUUCCGCCUGCUCCGUAACGGCCAGGAAGUCGCCGUUCUGGAGGCCUCCUCCUCUGAGGUGAUGGGACGCUGGUUGGGGGUUUUAUUGGCUGAGACUGGCUCCACUACUGACCCAGCCACCCUGCACUACGACUACAUCGACGUCGAGACCACUGCCAAUGUCAUCCAGCUAGCCAAGCAGUCCUUCUGUUUUACCAGUAAGCGUGCUGUGUCUCCUAACCCGUACCUGGACAACCCAGUCAACGGCUACGCCUGCCCCACUGGUAUGGCUCUGCACUAUGAUGAUGUGCCCAUCAACGGAACGGACCCAGAGGCGCUAUACUCCAGUCCCAGCACAGGGGGGCGCCAGCUGAAAGACGAGGUGCACUAUGAGAAUGCUGACCUCUAUGAGAACAUGCCCCCGCCCAAGCGGGCCACUCGCCUUCCUCCCAAGACUUCGUCUUCUUCUCCUUCCUCUUCUUCCACCUCUACUACUCACUACAAAACCCCUGUUUCUAAAGUCUCCUCUAAGUUCCUCACUGCUGAUGCUAAAACUAAAGACACUACUCAGCUGAAGGGAAAGAAGGGAACAGCGACCAAUGGGGUGGCAUCGAAACAGAAGGCCGAGCCAAAGAACCAAUCCAAGAAGAAUGGAUUCAAUGGGACGAAUGGGACAGCUUCUCUGAAACGCAACAACUCCAAUGCAGAGCAGUGUAAGUACGGCAAGAACCGCGUGGAGGCCGACGCUAAGCGGCUGCAGUCAAAGGAGGAAGAGCUGAUGAAGAAGAAGCAGGAGAUCAGGAACCAUCUGACCCAGCUAAAGAAGGAGAGGAGAGACCUGCGCACUGCUGUGGAGGCCGCUGCUGGCAAACGCUCGCACGCCUCGCUGUCGGAGCGACUGAAGAAGGUGGAGGAGAACUGCAGGCAGAAGGAGGAGGAGCGGGUGAACCUGGAACUGGAGAUGACGGAGGUGAAGGAGAGCCUGAAGAAAGCUCUGAACGGGGGGGUCACCCUGGGCCUCACCAUAGAACCGAAAGCUGGCUCCUCUGGACUCCAGUCGCCAGCGAUGUCGCGACGAACCCAGGAGUCUUCUCCCUUCUCCAGCUGUGACACCAGCGACACAGAGUCUUGCUCCCUGCCCGUCAACAGCGCCUCACUGCUCCGCCGGCAGCAGGGCGGCCAGAAGGCCUCGACAGUCCGGGGACACGUCCUCAGGAAGGCCAAGGAAUGGGAGCAGAAGAAUGGCACAUAAACCACCCAACCCCUCACAUCGUCUUACUCUGAUUUCUUUUGACUUUUUAAGGAAUUGUGUAUAUAUUUAUUUAAAACUGUUCAUACAGUCUGAGAAUGUGUUGAGGAGGACACAAGCAUAGCAUUCACAUGAACCAAAACUAGUUGCUGGUUUAAGUGUACUGUCAUUACCACACAUACAGACAUAGCAACCUUUUUAAAGUUUUAUACUAUUGAGCAUGCUCAGUGUACUAAGUUGUGCAACCUGUGUUGUCCGCCGUACUCGUUUAAAGCAACCACCUUCUUUUUCUCUCUCCUUUCAUUCAAAUCUGUUCCAGCAGAUUGACAGUUUGGAUUCAAAAAGGUUAAAGGUCAAAACCAAGUAUUUAUUUGUAAAUGUUUAAAGGAAAUACUAGCUUCCCUCUUUAUUUAUGUUGAUAUAUUUAAAUUUUUUGUUAUAGAAUUUGUGGCGCUCCACAGAAUCCCGUUCCCUACACGGUUAAUGCUUGUCAUUCAUGGGUGUCAGCAUCAGCAAACAAAGUGCAUCAUUAAUGGUCACAAUAAUCACAACACACACCGGCUGAGUAACAGCUCCGCUCCGCUCGAAGGGGUAUUUACAGAAGCAGAAUUAUUCCAAAUGAAAGGCAAUAGAUGGAAGCAAGGUUGUGCGUGGCUGUGAGACACUGACUGUAAACUGAGGAGAACCUAUACAUGCAAAGCAGUAUGGGUGCAGACAAUGAACCUUUUUUGCUCAGGGUCACAAACUGCGGCUGUAAUACUUAAGAGUGUCCCGUCCCCACAAAUAAUGACGCCAUUAAUUGCUUCGGUUUGGUUGUUGUUGGGACACUUUAAGGACAUUUUUACAUACAAAGUGAUGAACUGCUCUUUAAUGGAAUAGUUUUGACUCUUUUGCCAUGUCUCCAGCCAGCAGAGACACUAAUUCACAGGUGCAUUAUGUCCCUGACCUGCAUGCAAUAUGAAGGUAUGUUGGUGGGUAAUACUUUAACCUAUAUAUACUUUUAUUAUGUGUAUUUCCUUUCGACUAAAUUGAAUAUAUCCCACAUUUCCCUCUGGAUCAUGACAGUGUUUAUUUAUCUUUCUACAAAUAAUGUAUGCAUAUUCAGGAGUACAGCCAAAACUAAUUGAUAUAAAAAAAUUUAAAAAAAAGAUUUAAACUCUCAGCUUUGGAGAAGAUGCAUUUUCCUAUAAGGAGUUCGGAUAAACUCAAAAAUAUGCUCAAGCACUAAAACAGCCCUUUAACAGUGAAACAACAAAAAACAAAUUAGCCAUAAAGUUCAGAUUUUACCUCUUAGCUUUUUCAGGACAUUAAGCAAGCUGUGUAUUUAUUUAGUGGGAAAUAGUCCCGUAUAAAACAGUAAGCAAAACAAGUACCUGCAUGGCUAUUUACCACAAGGACUUUAAUUUGAACCUACAUGUUAACUUAAAGGGACAUUGUGUAGGAAUUUCUCCCAUCUAGCGGUGAAAUUGUAUUUUGCAUUCAAACGAAUAGUGCUCUCUAGCGCCUCGCGUUUUCAAAUGCGUAUUGCAACUACGGUAGCCGUUAUGUACCAAGAAGCCUACCUGUCGAGGAGAAAGCAGGCAACUUCAGCGUCCCUUUGCAAGUCUUUCUCCUUCAUUAGCUCUUUCCACCUGGGAAAAGCUACCCCGAUGUUUUCCGAAUUCGCCAGUCACGUUGCCUUUUUAAUUCCCUUUUUCGCUUUUUUGGCGACGAGGAUUCCUUCUCCUGUGGCUCGGCAUAAGUAUGAUCCUCCAUUAUUAACUAAAGUGCAGUGCAGACUUUCAGAUGUGCCGGGGCAGUGACAAGCGCCUCUCACUGAUCUCCUUCUCCGUUAUAGCUGGUUUCAGUCACGUGACGCUGGCUCUGAACGAAAACGCGUUGUGGAUUAGCGAGACAGGUAGGCUAGGAAGCCUCCAUGGACUUUCCCGUCCAAUGUAUAUACAGAUAAGAAAUUCUUCGCUUACGAGGAUAAGUCAGAUCAUUGGCAGAGGUCAUUUUACACCAAUGAGGACACAUUUAUGAAUGAAGACAUUUAUUUGAGCUAAUAAAAUACUUAAAACACUACACAAUGUCCCUUUAAUGCUUAAUUAUGCUUCUUUAAAUAGUCCCUCAGUGUGAUGAUGGGUGGCUGUCAUUAGGCUGUAGAAAGACUUUAGCCGGGUGUGUGUUAGAGUUUGGAAAGCCGGGUAGGUCAGGCUGAGGCGUGGCCACCCCAAGAAUUGGCGCCCGUCAUUGGAAAACUCAGAAACCUCAAACGACGUGGCUGACAGUAGUCCCUCGUCCAAGAGCCUCGGUCCAGUUCCUCUAAUCACGCCACUGGUUUACUGUAGCCCUGUGAUCUGACUCUGUGUGUGUUUGUGUGUGUGCGCGCUAAAAUGUCUCCAAGGCACAUUCCAAACCCAUCAACAAUACACUGACUGAAAUAGAGGCACUUGCUGUAAACUCAAAUUGCUGUGUGUUCUGCUGAAUCAAAGACUGUGACUUUGAUUUUCAGACUGCUUCACACAAACACACACACACACACACACUCACUCAUUAAUGUCACGUUUUUAUGGUGCUUUUUUAAUGGCUUUACAUUCCACUGCUCACGCUUUGCAGCCAUGUUGAUACUGCUGAGUAUACGCGGUGCUUUAUUGUUGACAGAAGUAGCGUUAGCAUGCACUCCAGCUAGAGUUUGGAAACCAAUGCUGCAUACAGCACGUGGGCGCGCAAACUCAACCUUGUAAAUAUUUUCUGUGCCCUUCCUGCUUUCAAAUGGAUAGCCCACAGUCUGCCAUCUAGAGCGUAGUCAGCAUGUUAGCAUGAAGACGGGGGCGCAUGGGGAGUUAUAUCUACAAGUAUUUAGUUCAUUCUGAUUCCCUGUCGGCUCAGCGUGGCUUAUAACUGAUGUCAGUAAAUGUGAACCUGCUGUACAUAGCUUGGCUUGGUGGGAGGGGGGUGGGUGUGGGGCGGGCGAGUACACACUCAUACAUCAGUGUUUGUUUUUGCACCUUAUACAUUUGCUACUCUGUUGUAUUCUCAGACGGUCUCCGCCUCGGUGACAGACAUGUUGUACAUACGUUAAUAAAGCUCCUGACGAACAGCC